AUGGCACGUCUUUAUCCUUCCUUCACGCCAACGUACCACAACGACCAGUAUCCAGCAAUUGACCCACCUCAGCCGCACCUUGACUGCUCAAGCAAGAUCGCCAUCGCGAUAGCAUUUGCUCAAGCCCACGCGAAAGGCAUCGCUCUGCUAGGCCGAACCCGCUCAACCUUGAACGAGACCGCCGCGAAGGUCAGAGAGAUUUCCAGCACCACAGAUGUCUUCCUCAUAGUCGCCCACUACAACGCGGCCCCUGGCAUCCUCGUCAACAACGCAGGUGGCUUCAGCGGCAUAGGCUCACUAAUCGAUGUCAACUUCGACGAGUUCUGGCAAUCCUUCGAACUCAACACUAAAGGGCCCUUACUCGUCUCCCAAUGCUUCAUGCGCGCCUGUCGCGACCAUCAGGGUAUCGACUCUCGCAAAACGCUCAUCAAUGUCACAUCAGGCGCCGCCCACAUCCCAUACUUCCCAACCGGUGCCUCCUACGCCUGUUCCAAGCUGGCCAGCGCGAAGAUUACAGAGUAUAUUCACUACGAGUAUCCCGAGUGGAAUGUCUUCAACCUCCAGCCGGCAGUUGUAGCGACGGAUUUGGCGAGGCAGGCAGGGAGGAAGGCGCCUGAUUCGCCGAGACUGCCGGCAGGGAUGGCGGUGAACUGGCGGAGCGGAAGGAGGAGAUUGUGGAGAAAGAGGUUGCUGUUGCUGGGCUUAAGGGGCUUUGCGGAGGAGGAGAAUGACGAGGAGUUGAUUAGACGGGCGAAGAGUGUGCAUAGGAAUGCGGAUAAGCCUGCUGAGUAA